AUGCAGACGAUGACAGCGACAAGUCCCAAGAUCCUUACCACUACGGCCAUUGAAGACGUGCCUGAGAUCAUCAAAAAAUACAUCUGGCACGCCGUGUUUCGCGGGGACAGUUUGGUUGCCAGCUGGGCGCCUUGGAACCACCAUCUGGACUGCCGCGUCCACUCCCAGACAAGGGGCUACCGGUUAGGGAGACGGAUCCCCUCGACAGCCCUCGACAGCCCUCGCCAGCUUCUUGUUACAGUCACGAUAUACACACUUGCUGACCUGCAACGCAUACUGCUCGUGGCGACUUUCGACCUCGGUCAACUCGACGACGUAUCAGAUGGGAUACUGGAGGCGCACGAUCAGCUAGCAAGAAUCCUGUCCGCGGUCGAUGUACGAAGGGUUCGUCUGGAACUGGCGGUCAAGGACAUUGAGGCUUUCAUCCGGACCCUGGAGUUGAUGACAGGCGUCAACACCGACGCUCAUGAUGCCGAAAUCUUUUGGUCCGCCGUCUGGCACAGAAAAAUCGCAAAGCGGCGCGUCAAGGCGCUCAUGGCGGAUAUACUGGCUCAACUUUACAUGGCUUCGUGCCCGUGGUGGGUUGCAUUCAGCCGACCACGUAAGGAUGAUCUGACCCCUAAUGAGGCCUCGUUGCCGAUUGAGUGGUCGCAGCGGUCUGCGUGUACAUGGCAGGCUCUCUCAGCUGAACAGCAGACCAUCAUCAGGGCCAAGGUCAGAAACGUGGAGCAGCUGGAUUUCGUGCUUCGCAAGGUUGAGCAGGACGGAGAUGGAAUGGUGCCGAAAUUAUAUCUAUUGUGA